GAGUUGUUAAAAUAUGGAUGUGGCUUCAUUGAUAGUAUUGUAUCGAACAUUUGCGUCAUUAACAUUACAUAUGUCAAACAGAAACUUUUCCACUUUUAAUAUAUCACUGAAAUCCCUGAGAUCUACUGGUUUUUUAUUAAAUCUUGAGACAAUUAAAUGUAACACAACUUUGAAACAUUUGUUUACCUUUUUCUGCAAACUAAUGAAAGUAAUACAACAAAUCGAAAAACUGUUGUUUUUGAUACUAACGAUAGCCCUAAAACCAUCGAUGGUGUGCUAAAGCCGAACAAUCAAGUGUAUCGAUAGUUGGGUACAUUUGUUUGUGCGUAGAAAGUAAAUUGGCGAAACGAAACGGAUCGAAAAACUUAACAAAAAGUUAGCAAACUGCCAAAGAACACACGGGUUAUUCUCUGGAUAUAGCCGCCAUAUUAACGGACCGAUACCGGAACACACCAAAGCCACUCCACCAUGGACAUUAUGGACAUCCAGGCCGUCGAGUCCAAGCUGAGUGACGUCACGGUGACACCGAUACCGCGCAGCCAGGUGCAGAAUUUCUACAAUUACCAACAGCAGCGGGAGCAGCGUGAGCAACAGCCCCAGAUCCAAAUUUCGGCCAUCCACCACUCGAGGGGAACCGGAGGAUCAGCCUCCUCCGCCACGGAUUACUCCACGGGCAGCGGAGGUAAGCGGGAGCGGGAACGCUCCUCCGCCAGCGAUUACAGCAGCUCCUCCAGCAAGCAGAGCUCCGCUGCUGCGGCAAAUGCAGCCGCCGCCGCAGCCGCCGUCGCUGCCCUCCAGUACUCCCCGAAGUUCCUUCAGGCCCAGUUGGCCCUCCUUCAGCAGCAGUCGAACACCACGGCCACGCCUGCAGCAGCUGCAGCGGCGGCCCUCUCCCUGGCCAAUAUGUGCUCCACCAAUGGCGGACAGAGGAACUCCACCUCCUCCUCCAGCAAUGGCCAGAGCAUGGGCUUGAAUCUGAGCUCCUCGCAGCUGAAGUACCCGCCACCCUCUACCUCGCCCGUGGUGGUUACCACCCAGACCUCGGCCAACAUCACCACACCGCUCACUUCUACGGCUAGUUUGCCCUCCGUGGGACCAGGCAACGGGCUGACCAAGUACGCCCAGUUGCUGGCCGUCAUCGAGGAGAUGGGACGCGACAUCCGGCCUACCUACACGGGCUCACGCAGCUCCACGGAGCGUCUCAAGCGCGGCAUUGUUCAUGCCCGUAUCCUGGUGCGCGAAUGCCUAAUGGAGACUGAGCGAGCCGCGCGCCAAUGAGAGGAGGAGUCGCUGGCGCCGCAGCUGGCGUCGUCGGAUUGAAGAGGACCAGGAUGGGAGGGUCAUCCUCAUUUCACGACUAGGUUAAUUCCCCUAACCCCAGAAAGGAUGGGUCGAAUUUAUUGACCAGGCAUCUUUGGAGCUAUUAGAAAUUUUGCACGAUUGUGAGCCAAUUCCGCUUGGAUAUCAUAGGAUUAAUAUAAUUUGUAAACUUCCCACUGACAUUAUCUUAAAGCAAAAGAAUCUGCUCAAGAAGAGCAGGCACGAUUUCCUUACUUGAGCGCUUCUUUUUCUGUUUUCGAUUUAGUUGUUAGGCAUUCCAAAUUGUUACAAUGGAUCUUACCACAUUUAGUUUCUUGAAAUUUAUGAGUCUUGGCAGAUCUCAAUGACAACAAAAAUGCAAGCAAACUUCGGCAAGCCGAAUUUCAUAUACCUUUGCAGCAGUUACAAAAAUUAAAUAUUCUAUAUUUCGAUGCUCUAAAAAAAAUGAAUCUGCUAUGUAGAUUUUCCGAUACAUUUUUCGAUCGUUCCUAUGGCAGCUAUAUGAUAUAGUCGUCCGAUAUGGGGCCGAUCCGGUCCGUUCCUACUUGUAUACUACGUGCAACAAAAAGAAGACUUUGAGCUAAGUUUCAUCCAAAUAGCUUUAAGACUUAGGAACUAGUUUUCGUAGAAACGGAUGGACGGCCAGGCAAACAGACGAACAUAGCAAGAUCAACUCGCCUGGUGAUGCUGAACAAGAAUAUAUGCUUUUUAGGGUCGGAAAUGUGCUCUUCACUGCGUUGCAACAUUGUGACUGAAAUUAUAAUACUCUCUGCAAGGGUAUACAAAUUAGGUGUUAGAUUUUUAUAAUUAUAUGUAAUUAUAAUUAUAUAAAUAUAUCUCAACAUCACAAUUUAACAUUUAUCAUAUUUAAAACUUCAAAGAGAUUGUCUUGCUUUUCAGCUAAUGUUACCUUAUCAGAGAUGUUGCAGUUUACCAGCUGGUUUUAGCGUACCGUGAAAAUAAGAGAACUAACGCAUGGAAAGAUGCUCAGAACACUCCAAAGAUUGCAAAAACCCAUCCUAUCCCACGAAUGUCCCUGUAUUACGCAUUAAAAGUAGCAAUUUGUAUUAACUUAUAAGUCUCCAUCAACUUAAUGGCCCUCGGGCCGCCGGACCAUAGUUAAAGAAUGUUUAGACUAGCUCAGGUUACAAUCGGUUAAAUCUGCAUUGCUAUAGCUGCAACACAAGUUAUUAUAUUAUUUCUCUUUACCACAUAAUUAACAAUCUGUAUCCGUAAUCGUAAGACUAAGAUGCACCUGCUGAUCCCGUGUGCUUGUCCCGAUGUGUGUCUGCGUAGUGAAUGCGAUUAAUUAUCUAAUGGGGAUUGCUUAGGCGGAGGAGAUCCGUCCAUCGGCAGGAUGUGAGUAUGAGUUCGCCACUGCCGGGGUCUCCUCGUUAUUUUAGAGAACUAUACAAAUUCAUAUAUGUAGUUAAGCAGAGAUAUAUGUAUACAUAUAUAUACUUGUUAUGCAAGCAAACAAUGUGCAUGUCCAAGUGAAUGGUGAAUUAGUGGCAAUUGACACGAAAAUAUUUAUAUAUGUAUACACAUAGAACACAACUUGUAUAUUUACUAUAUGUAUGAGCAAAUACGACUAAGUUCAAGCCUGUAUACCAAACCGAAUUCGAAAUAAAUGCGCAAUUUUGGUUUUUGUAA